AUUGAUACGUAUGUCAACAAGCAUCCAGGUUGCAGUCCAAGUUCAGUCAGUGUCGUUUAUUCAAUCUCUGGAUCUUAUCAGGGGACUUCUGGGGGUUUUUUUUGGAAUAUUCGAAUGGAACUGAUUUUGUUUUGAUUUGUAUCAAAAGACACAAAAUGGCUCCUGUUCCUGCAGUGAACCAACAGUUUGUGCUUUAUUUGUCAAUCGGUCUGCUAAGUCUGCUGCUUCUUACAGAGUGUGACAAAAUCAAACUGAAUGGGCCGUCACGUUGUUCUGGAAGAGUGGAAGUCUACCAUGGAGAUACCUGGGGCACGGUGUGUGACGAUUACUGGAGCAUGAACAACGCUGAGGUGCUGUGUCGUGAGUUAGGCUGUGGGACAGUUCUUGAGCUGAAAAAAGGUGGCUUUUUCGGUGAGGGGAAUGGUGAGAUUUGGUUGGACGAUGUGCGGUGCACUGGUGAAGAGGCUUCCAUUCUGAAGUGCGCACACAAGCCUUUAGGAGAACAUAACUGUGGCCACUCUGAGGAUGUCGGGGUCAUUUGUUCAGAACAUUUGCGGGUGGUCAAUGGGACCAAUCGUUGUAACGGCAGAGUGGAGGUGUACAACAGUGGUAAGUGGAAACGAGUAUGCAGCAGCGACUGGGACAAGACAGAAGCUGAUGUUGUGUGCCAGGAAAUUAACUGCGGCUAUCAGGUCACUCAUACCACACCUCAGUACUAUGGAGAUUCCAGAGAAGAACUUGCAGUCAAAAUAAACUGCGCAGGGAACGAGAGCUCUGUGUCUCAAUGCUCGUUUCAAGACUCGAAAGAUAGCUGCAUCGAUGCAACUAUUUUCUGUCAAAACAGUAAAAUAAUUCGCCUCGUGAAUGGAACAAGUAGCUGUUCUGGUCGAGUGGAAGUCUACCAUAAUGCAGAAUGGGGGACAAUUUGUGAUGACAGGUGGGGGAUACCUGAAGUGAUCGUUGCAUGUCAUGAGAUGAACUGUGGGAAUCCAAUUGCGGCCACAUACAAAUCUUUCUAUGGCCAAGGUAAAGACCAGGUUUGGAUGGAUGAUGUGGAAUGCACCGGUCAAGAGAAGUCUCUUGCUGACUGCAGUCACAGAGGAUUUGGGGAACACGACUGUGACCAUAGUGAAGACGCGGGCAUUACAUGUUCAGAUGCUGUUAGAUUGAUUAAUGGGACUGACCGGUGCUCUGGCCGACUGGAAGUUUUCUAUAACGGCUAUUGGGGCCCUGUUUGCAGUCACUCUUGGACCAUUGAACAGGCUAAGGUGGUAUGUGCGGAGAUUGCUUGUGGGGCUCCAAAGAAAAUUGAGGAAAGCCCGGACUAUGGUAAAAGCAGUGGGAGAAGUUUUACAAGUCGAUGCAUUGGAAAUGUGAGCUCCAUCGCUGAGUGCCAUCUCCAGGAAUACUCUGGGAAAUGUGAAGGAGUUUCCCUUUCAUGUUCAGAUGUGUCGCAAAUGAGGCUUGUCAAUGGCACCAACCGCUGCUCUGGCAGAGUGGAGAUUAUGCACAACAGUCAGUGGGGGACAGUGUGCGAUGACGAGUGGAGCAUCAUGAAUGCUCGCGUGGUGUGCAGAGUCAUGGACUGUGGUACAGCUCAGACGGCCAAGUCCAACUCCUUUUUUGGUCCUGGUGAUGGGGACAUCUGGCUGGAUGAUGUUAAAUGCUUAGGAAAUGAAUCCAGUCUCUUACACUGUGAGCAUAACAAAAUGGGAGAAAAUAACUGUGGUCAUCUUGAAGAUGCUGGCGUGGUGUGUUCAGUUUCCAUCAGACUGACCAAUGGGACUGACCACUGUUCAGGCAGGGUGGAGGUCUUUUCUGGCGGCCUGUGGUUGCCAGCAUACAAUCUUAACUGGGGAAUGAACGAAGCUUCCGUCGCAUGUAGAGAAACAAAUUGCGGCGAUCCUCUCAACGUAUUAUGGAACUACGGUGAAAGUAAGGAUCAGAGAGGCCUGAGAAUCAGUUGCAGAGGUGGAGAAAGCUCUCUCACACAGUGUUCGCUAACAACACACACAAGGACCAGCCAGGAGCGCCUGGAAAACGUUGGAAUCAAAUGUUCAGGCAAUUUGAGAUUGGUAGGUGGGGAAAAUAGGUGUGUUGGCCGAGUGGAGUACUUCAACGAAGGCCAGUGGGGCACAAUAUGUGGUGAAUCCUGGGAUUUUAACGAUGCUGGAGUGGUGUGCAGGCAGUUGAAUUGUGGCAAGGCUUUUAAAAUGACCACCAUGACGGAAUUUGGAAGUGCCACGUCACAACAAAUCGUCGAUACUUUCCAAUGCAAUGGCUAUGAGUCAACAAUAUCUCAGUGCACCAUGACUAAGGUUCAGGAUAGGAUUUGCAACGCCACCUCGAUUGCUGGUGCCAUGUGCAAAGAAGCUUUGGAGGUCCGCCUGGUCAAAGAAAACGACGAGUGCUCUGGAAGAGUAGAGCUUCGUCACAAUGACGUUUGGCAAACCGUGUGUGACUCACAGUGGACGAUGAGCAAAGCUCAGGUGGUGUGUGAACUGAUAGAGUGUGGAUACGCCAUGAACGCCCCUGGUGCUGCACAUUUUGGCCAGGGCACCGGUCCAGUGGUGGAAGCAACCAAUUUAUGUUUCGACAAUGCGACAUCUCUUAAGCAGUGCACAAAGAAGGGGUUUACCACUGCAAGGUGUGGACACGAGCACGAUGCUGGUGUCGUCUGCGCAGCAAUGGUCCGUUUGGUUGGCGGCUCAGGGCAGUGCUCUGGGCGGGUGGAGGUUCUAUAUAAAGGUUCCUGGGGAACUGUGUGUGAUGACGAAUGGCAGAUAAGUAACGCCGAUGUGGUUUGUCGACAACUUGGCUGCGGUCAUGCCGUAUCUGCACCUAUGAAUGCUCAUUUUGGUAGAGGCAGUGGUCCCAUAUGGCUGGAUAACGUGGAGUGUACAGGCCAGGAGAGUGCGCUCACACACUGUCCACAUAACGGGUUUGGAGAAAACAACUGUGGACAUGGGGAAGACGCCAGUGUCAUAUGUUUAGGUUCUUUACAAAAACCUGAGAUUACUUUGAGCCCUGGCACAGAGGUGAACUGGGGUGACAGAGUUGAAAUCACCUGUGCCUUACCAUCAGAACCGUCUGGUGGAACUUUCAUCCUGAAGAAAACACAGGGAGCGUUUAAAAUGGAAAAAUUCUCAGAAAGUGAAACUGCAAACUUUGCAUUCUCCUCAGUGGAUUUCAGUCUAAAUGGAUCGUACUUCUGUGAAUAUCAAAAGAAACUGCCUGAUCAGGUCCUUUACUACCCUCAAGGAAUUCCAGCAGAUCUCUCCGUCGGAGUGAAACUGGAAAAGCCGAGCAUUUCGAUUACGUCUCCUCAUUCCAUGGUGGUCUACAGCCCUGACCAGAUAGCUGUCAGCAAAGGCGCCGUCUUCUCCAUCACUUGUUCGACUUAUUCUAAAUAUUCUGAAGGCGUCUUCUACCUGACCAAGUCUAAAGUGAACACCACUAAAAUGAAGAUGUCGGUUGGCCAUUCUGUCUUCCAUAUGGCAUACUUUGAGUUCCCUCAGGUGGAUUUUCAACACCAAGGAGAGUACACCUGUGUCUACAGCGUUAACCUCUCCUCCAUAACGUUCAACUCCAUUCCCUCAAGCUCACUCCAGAUCACAGUAGUUUCUUCCACAACAUCAGGAGUGGUGACGGGACUUGUGGUUGGUUUGGUGGUGUUACUAGUGGUGGCUGUAGGCAUCUUCCUCUGGAGACGAAGGUGGCGUGGUGCUGGUGCCAUGGUUCAGUUCAGCAACAAGUUUGGAGGACCAGUAAAACAAGAUGUACAGGACCGAAGCAAUGGAGCAUACAAUGAAAGGAACAGCAGCACGCUGGAUGAUCAUGGCGGGCAGGGCAGCAGCCCUGAAGACAAAAGUGUGGAUGCUCAGCCUGAAAACACUCUUGAAACAGAACCUGAAGACCUGGCAGGGAGAGUGUGUUAUGAGCUUGAGCCCCUCGUUCUUUCUUGAUAAGAAAGAAAUAACUCUGGAGGACAGCUUUUAUUGUGUGUUUUCGAAACCUGUGAAGAGCAACACACCAGUUCAGUGGUGACUCAGUGAGUGUCAUUACAGUCUGUAACCACAGGAAGGCGUUGAUGUCACCCUGCACUAAUAAGUGGAGGGGCUGAGGCGUUGGUUGUUGACAAAAGAGAGGCUGUGAUGUUUGUCUUGUGUUCCUUUAGGAAACACCGUAGGCACAUUCGUUUCUGUGUUUAUUCUCAUUUCUUUUGCAGCCAAAUAGAAAUUCUUAAUCCUAUUAAACUGAUUCUACUUAAACUGUUGCCUUAAUGGUCAUGUCAUGCAGAAACAUAUUUUAGCAGCAAGUAUUUUUUCCAAUUCUCUCAGACCAGUUACAGUCUUCUGAAUCUUCACACAUGACAAAUCUACUUGCACUUACUUGCGACAUUGCUUACUCAAUUACAAUUUCAUUCAUUUCAUCAAUUUUGCUGUUAAUGAUGAUCAAUAAAUUCAUAUUUCUUA